AUGUCGGGAAUCUUCAAUAUUCGGUCCCUAGCCUUCGUGGCCGUGUUUACAUGCUCGCUGAUGGUGGUUCUGUCUCAGAAUGAGGAUCUGGAAAGUUGUGUACCGGUGGCACAGGCGCUAGCACCAUGUUUGGGGUUCAUCAAAGGCAACGGCAAACCAUCGGCGUCGUGCUGCAGUGGCGUUAAACAGUUGGCGCGAGAUACUAAAACGAAGAAAGAUAAAGUUGCACUGUGCGAAUGCGUCAAGAAGAGUUUGUCAGUGAUCGGAACUUAUGAUCCGAGUCGCAUCCCUUUGAUUCCAAAACAAUGUGGAGUUUCCGUCCAAAUUCCUCCCAUAAAAAAUUCCACUGACUGCUCAAAGUAA